UAUUCUUCCCAACCCUUUUUAACACCCUUUCAAAUUUCCCCAUACUUUUUUUUAGACAUUUUUUUUUUCCUUUCCCAACAACAAACACUUUUCUUCAUGUCAACACCUUCUCUCCAGAAAACAACAACAACAUUGUUGUUCAGCCCUCAAACCACACCACCUUGACCUAUAUCUUUCCACAUAUCCCCUUUACCCUUGUCUGUUCUCCCUUCCAUUCCACCAUGGGCAACUGUUGCUCAGGUGGCACCAAUGACACUGAGGACAAGGGAGAAUCCAACCAACCAACCAACAACAACAAUGGAGGUGGAGGCGGAGGCACAACUGCACCCGCAACCACCCCACCACCAUCAUCUAAGCCCAACCAUCCUCCUUCCAAGCACUCGAAGCCGCCCGCGAUCGGCCCCGUGCUUGGAAGGCCGAUGGAGGACGUGAAAAGCACUUACAGCAUGGGGAAAGAGCUGGGGAGAGGGCAGUUUGGUGUGACACAUUUGUGCACACACAAGAGCACAGGGAAGCAAUAUGCAUGCAAGACCAUUGCCAAGAGAAAAUUGGUUAACAAGGAGGACAUAGAGGAUGUUAAGAGGGAAGUGCAAAUCAUGCACCAUCUCUCAGGGCAACCUAACAUUGUGGAGCUUGUUAAUGUGUAUGAGGACAAACAAUCUGUUCAUUUGGUGAUGGAGUUGUGUGCUGGGGGUGAACUCUUUGAUCGUAUCAUUGCAAAGGGACAUUACACUGAACGUGCUGCGGCUUCCUUGUUGAGAACCAUUGUGCAGAUUGUUCACACUUUCCAUUCCAUGGGGGUCAUUCAUAGAGAUCUUAAGCCUGAGAAUUUCCUUCUGUUGAACAAGGAUGAAAAUGCACCCCUCAAGGCCACUGAUUUCGGUCUCUCUGUUUUUUACAAGCAAGGAGAGAUGUUUAAGGACAUUGUUGGCAGUGCAUAUUACAUUGCACCUGAGGUCUUGAAAAGAAAAUACGGGCCAGAAGUUGAUAUUUGGAGUAUUGGUGUCAUGUUAUACAUUCUUCUAUGCGGUGUCCCUCCAUUUUGGGCAGAAUCAGAAAAUGGGAUAUUCAAUGCAAUCCUACGAGGCCAUAUAGACUUUACAAGCGAUCCAUGGCCAUCCAUUUCCCCUGCAGCAAAAGAUCUUGUAAGGAAAAUGUUGCAUUCGGAUCCCAGGCAGAGGCUGACGUCCUACGAAGUUUUGAAUCAUCCAUGGAUCAAGGAGGAUGGAGAAGCACCAGAUACACCUCUUGACAAUGCAGUACUGAAUAGGCUCAAACAGUUCAGAGCAAUGAACCAAUUCAAGAAAGUUGCUCUAAGGGUAAUCGCAGGCUGCCUAUCAGAGGAAGAAAUCAUGGGAUUGAAGCAGAUGUUCAAGGGGAUGGACACUGACAACAGUGGAACCAUUACAAUUGAAGAGCUCAAGCAAGGGCUUGCAAAACAAGGGACUAAGCUAACAGAACAGGAAGUUAAGCAAUUAAUGGAAGCUGCAGAUGCUGAUGGCAACGGAACCAUAGAUUAUGAUGAAUUCAUUACUGCAACAAUGCACAUGAACCGAAUGAACAAAGAAGAUCAUCUUUAUACUGCCUUCCAAUACUUUGACAAAGAUAACAGCGGGUACAUUACAAUUGAAGAAUUAGAGCAGGCACUCGUCGAGUUUAACAUGAAUGAUGGCAGGGACAUGAAGGAAAUCAUUUCAGAAGUUGACGCAGAUAAUGAUGGCCGAAUUAACUAUGAUGAGUUUGCUGCAAUGAUGAACAAAGGAACCCUAGAAGUUGGUACCAAGAAGAGGCGUGACCCAACCUUAUUAUAGUUGGGGACUGUGCAAAGAUAUUUAACAGGCAUCAUCAUCUCUUUAAGCAGUGUCUUUGCCUGGUACAGAUGCUGAUGAGUGAUAUCAAGGAGUGUCGUGCAUGGUAUUGGGGGGCAGGGGAUAUAAGUGGGGAAUGGGUCAAGGUGGGAAACAAACAAAUUUAGAGGGGGAAAAGAACUUAAACCAACCUCUGAGAAAUGUUAACAUAUGCUAGGUAUUUGAUUGGCUGGUUUUGGUUUUUACUUUUCUUUUUCUUAUGCUGAGAAACAUGGCAACAAAUGUUGUAUUGUAAUCGCUGCUCACUUAGGAAUCAAAUCAAAAGAAUUAUUUAUUUACGACUGAAUCUACU